AUGUCUUAUUUUUCCUUGUUUUUCUCUUCAUUUGCAGGUCUGGCAGUUUCUCUACAGCUGCUUCAUGGAGACAUAGAACAAAUUAGGAGAGAGUAUACAUCCAUGUUUACCCAUGGAGUAUCCAUAACAAGGAAACUAGGUUUUUCCAAUAUUAUAAUGCCUGGUGAAAUGAGGAAUGAUUUAUAUAUCACUGUAGAAAGAGGAGAAUUUGAGAAAGGAGGGAAAAGUGUGGCCAGAAAUGUGGAAGUGACAAUGCAUGUUGUGGACAGCAGUGGUCAAAUUUUAAAGGAUUUUAUCUCAUUCGGCUCUGGAGAGCCACCAGCCAGCGAGUACCAUUCCUUUGUGCUUUAUCAUAACAAUGGUCCCAGAUGGGCUGAGCUGCUGAAACUUCCUAUUCCUGUGGAUAAAUUCAGAGGAGCACACAUCCGCUGUGAAUUCCGGCACUGUUCCACAAAAGAAAAGGGUGAGAAGAAGUUGUUUGGCUUUUCUUUCGUGCCCCUGAUGCAGGAAAAUGGGAGGACUCUGCCAGAUGGCACCCAUGAACUCAUUGUACACAAGUGUGAAGAAAACACAAACCUUCAGGAUUCUGGUCGCUACCUCAAACUCCCCUUUUCAAAGGGAAUUUUCCUAGGAAACAACAGCCAAGCAGUAAAAACCACUAAGGAGUCCUUCUGGAUUACAUCCUUUCUCUGCUCCACUAAACUCACACAAAAUGGAGAUAUGCUUGACCUUCUGAAAUGGAGAACCCACCCAGAAAAAAUUGCGGGUUGCCUCUCAAAAUUAAAAGAAAUUGAUGGUUCAGAAAUAGUGAAGUUUCUUCAAGAUACACUAGACACUUUAUUUGGGAUUUUAGAUGAAAACUCUCAAAAAUAUGGAUCACAAGUUUUUGAUUGUUUGGUUCACAUAAUAAAUUUGCUGCAGGACAGCAAGUUUCACCACUUUAAGCCGGUAAUGGACACUUACAUUGAAAGUCAUUUUGCAGGAGCACUUGCAUACAGAGAUCUUAUAAAAGUACUAAAGUGGCAUAUCGAUCGAGUCACUGAAGUGGAGCUGCACGAGCACAUACAGGAAGUACUAAAGGCACAGGAAUAUAUCUUUAAAUAUAUAGUUCAGUCUCGAAGGUUAUUCUCUAUUGCCACUGGUGGACAAAAUGAGGAGGAAUUUCGCUGCUGUAUUCAAGAGCUUCUUAUGUCAGUACGCUUCUUCCUUUCCCAAGAGAGCAAAGGAGCUAGUGCUUUAUCCCAACUACAAGCUGUGUUUCUCAGCUCGUUCCCAUCGGUGUACUCUGAACUUUUGAAGCUCUUUGAUGUAAGAGAAGUGGCAAAUUUGGUUCACGAUGCUCUGGGCAGCUUGCCAGCAGUCAUGCAUGGGGAUGAGUCCCUUCAAGCUGUUAAACUGCAGAGUAUUGGAAAAACUGUAGAGAGUCACCUGUACACUAACCCAGAUUCUCGAUGUAUUCUUCUUCCAGUAGUUUUACAUCAUCUCCACAUGCAUUUACAAGAGCAGAAGGACCUUAUAAUGUGCGCACGUAUCCUUAGCAACAUAUUUUGCCUCAUCAAGAAGAACAGCUCAGAAAAAUCUGUCCUGGAAGAAAUUGAUGUGAUUGUAAAUAGUCUGCUAGAUAUUCUGUUAAGGACCAUACUAGAGAUCACCAGCCGACCACAACCAUCAGGCUCUGCUAUGCGCCUCCAGUUUCAAGAUGUGACUGGGGAAUUUGUCUCCUGUUUGUUGUCACUCUUGCGACAAAUGACUGAUAGACAUUAUCAACAGCUUCUUGAUAGCUUCAACACAAAGGAAGAGCUGAGGGAUUUCCUGCUGCAGAUUUUCACUGUAUUUCGGAUACUAAUACGACCAGAGAUGUUUCCAAAAGACUGGACAGUGAUGCGUUUGGUUGCAAACAAUGUGAUCAUUACUACAGUCUUGUACCUUUCGGAUGCCCUUCGUAAAAACUUCUUAAAUGAAAACUUUGAUUACAAGGUAGAAAACUAAUUUUAUUAUUUGUCUGUUAUUUUGGAGUUAUCGCAGAAAGGAAAAUCAUUCCAUUUCUGA